AUGGCACAGAGUAAUUCCAGUUUUAGUGAUAAUACUCCAACAUUUUCCGAAAAAGGCUUGAAAAGAAAAACUCGAAAUGAAAGUGAAAAACGACGAAGAGAUACUUUCAAUCAGUUAAUUGGUGAAUUAACACUAUUAGUUGCAAAGGACGAUCGUAAAAUGGAUAAAAGUAGCGUACUAAAAUGCGCAAUUAAUUUUCUCAAACAACAACGUUUUCAAGCUGAAUCAACAAGUGAUGAAGCAUCAAGUACAGCAUUGGAUUCCAAAUUACGCAUUACAACCGGUUACAACAUUCCGGAUAUUGUUCAACUUUAUAUGGAUGCUCUGGCAGCUGGAACUUUUUGCAUUCACUGUUCCGGACAUAUUGAACAUGCAUCUACAAGUUUUGCAACACUUUUCGAUGAUACAAUGUGCGAAUUACAAGGAGCGAAUUUCUUCGAUUUACUAGAUGACAAAUCAGCAGAAAACUUUUGUGGAACCAUAUCCACCGAGGUGUUACAUUCGGUACCAAAUGGUACCACUAUGCAUAGUACUAUCAUUCAGGAAACUGUCACAACGAAGAAAUUGCGUCGACAGUUAUUAGUCAUUGGUUACGUAAAAAAAACAACGCAUAAUAACGAUGAUUUAUGCAUAUCGGAUAAAGUUGAAGAAAGUGAAAUCAAUAAGAGCAAAAAAAAGAUUGUUGCAAUCACUGAAGAAGUGAAUGAAUCUCUCCGGUUUGUUGGUGUCAUUAUACCGUUAUCAAAUCGGCCAGAAUCAGAAGUAACACUGGAAAUGAUCAAUUCAUGGGAACGAAGAAAUGCCAAUUUCACUAUAAUUUAUAAUACCGAAUUUGUUUGUGUUGAUGCUAAAGGAUGUCAAUUAUUAGGUUAUAGUCGAUUUGAUUUACUUGGCACAAGUGGUUAUGAUUAUAUUCACACCAAUGAUUUAUUACAAGUAGCUGAAAAUCAUACACAAUUAAUGGAACUUGGCACUUAUCAGAUAAGAUCACAUCGAUUACGAACAAAAUCACAUCAAUGGAUUUGGGUUAAUUGUAUGGCAGUAAUCGAAAAUGAAAUAUCAUUUAAACGAGUACGAUGUAAUUAUCGUGUAAUAAGUAUGGAAAAUGUGAAAAAAUUCAAAGAAAAUGUUACAUCUACGAAGAGAAAAUCCACCGAAUUUUUGCUAUCAUUUUCAACAGGAAAAAGUAAUUCAAACAAUUCACAAAAUUCUCAUUGCACUACAAAUGCUAACAUUUACCCAUUAUCAGUUUCUUCACUAUCAUCGUCGACUGGAAAUGCUUCCAAAUCAUUUUGCACUACAGGUCAUUCCUCAUCGGAACAAGCUAACAAUUCCUUAUCAGCAACUGCUCCCGAGAAACAUUCUAGUAGUAGUUGUACUGCUAAAAUAGUUAUCGCACCGUUACCGGUAAAAAAAAUUCGAAAAGGAGAAUCAAGUGAACUAUCAGAUAAUAGUCCGUCAACUUCAUUCAAAUAUUCGUCGUCGCUUUGUCAACCAUCAUCCACUGUGCUUUCCACAUUAUCAGCAGAGAUGUUACAAUCAAAACGACGUAAUCAAAUUCCUGUCGCUGUCAUUGAACAUUAUCCUUUAUCAGAUUCAAAACUGAAAACCACUGAAGCAACAUUAGCAGCAUCAAAUAGCAAUGAAUCACGCAUAAACGUUUCAAAUUUGACGUCAUCCUCUACAUCGAUGGUGACACCGGCAGCUUUGUCAAUAUCACCAAUGUAUCAACAAGUUUGGGAAGAGUUGCAACGUCGAAGCGAAAUAUUACGUCAACAAGUGCUUCAGAAAGAAAUGGAACUUCGUGAAUUACAUCUUAAAAGAUUUCUUGCAUCAUUACAUGGUGACAAAUAUUAA